AAUCAUCGCUAUGAAUCUGUGAGCUUAACAUCGUCUUCUUCCUCCUCCUCCUCCUUCCUAACAGGAAUUGAAUGAGAUUUGGUGCCAGAACGCCACCCUGCAAAACUUACGGUAGCUCAAGUUCCAUAAAAGUAAAUGCUCAGACUAAAUGUUUACUGCUCUUUAAUACCAAGUGCGAGGCAAGUCAGACCAGGAAGCAACUAUGGCUCCUUGAUCAUCCAUAAUCAUAGAGCUUCAAGACAGUCCCAGUCGAUAUCCAUAAAGGCCAUUAAAGAUGAGAUGGGUGGAGAAACAAGCAGGUCUCCCGGACGCAGCUGGGAUCCAGGCUUGGAAAUUGAGGUGCCUUUUGAGCAGAGGCCGGUGAAUGAGUAUUCAUCUCUGAAGGACAGUGUGCUGUAUUCAUGGGGCGAACUGGGACCUGGUUCUUUCUUCGGUCGCCUAGGAGGGCUCUGGUUACUAGUGUUCACAGUUCUUGGAGCGCCAAUUGCUGCUGCGAGCUUUAAUCCUUCUAAAGACCCGGUAAGAUUCAUACUAGCUGCUGGAACAGGAACACUCUUCAUAGUAUCAUUGAUUGUCCUCAGGAUUUAUCUGGGGUGGAGUUAUGUUGGUGACCGACUUCUCUCAGCGGUCAUUCCUUAUGAAGAAAGUGGAUGGUAUGAUGGACAGAUGUGGGUGAAGCCGCCUGAGAUCCUGGCUCGUGAUAGACUGUUGGGCUCUUACAAGGUUAAACCAGUCGUUAAACUGCUGAAGCAAACGUUAGUAGGGAUAGGAGCAUUACUUGUUACUGGAGUCGCGUUGUUUACCUUUGCUACACCAGUGGAAAACUUAAUACAAACUUCCUUUGCCACAAAGGAAAAUACAUCAAGUACUCAAGCUCCAAAUGUCAGUACAAAGCUCAACUUAAGAAAAGAGGAGUUGCUGAAACUGCCAGUAGAGGUGAUAGCUGAUGAUGAUCUAGCAGCAGCUGCUGCUGAGGCCGCUGAUGGAAGACCCGUCUACUGCAGGGAUAGGUUUUAUCGAGCAUUGGCAGGUGGCCAGUACUGCAAAUGGGAGGAUCUACUCAAGUAAAGCCAGAGAUAAAAUGCACAUCAACUCAAUUUGUUAAAGCAGCUUACACUUUGCAGAGGCUUAAAUGCCCCGAGUUUCAUUCCAUUAGUUAAUGAAACAUUUAAGGCGUUUGAUAGAUUGUGAAUGCAAGCAUAUGCUGAAAUAGAAAGUUAAGAAACUUAAGAAAAGAUUUGUGCCCAAUUUUGCAAUUACACGGAUCAAUGAAUGUCAUAUUGACUACUUGUAAAU